AUGACAUCGUCGAGCGAUCUCCGAGUUUCCUCGUUGUUUGAUUUCUCCAACCAUGUCGUCCUGGUCACCGGUGGUGCUACGGGUUUGGGCGAAAUGGCAGCUCAAGGGUUCAUCCAAAACGGAGCCAGAGUCUUCAUCGCCAGUCGUAAGGAAUCCGAGUUGAAAAAGACGUCCGAUCGAUUGAAUGCUCUGGGCCCUGGCAAGUGCGAAUAUAUUGUGGCCGACCUGAAGGACAAGGCUGGGUGUGAUGGUCUGGUGAAAGAGGUCAAGAACCGGACGGAUCGGUUGACCGUGUUAAUCAACAAUACAGGAGCAACCUGGGGAGCUCCGUAUGAUAACUUUCCGGAAAGUGGAUGGGAUAAAUUGAUGGCAUUGAACGUCAAGUCCAUCUUCUACAUGACUGUAGGGUUGGAACCGCUGUUGCUCAAGGGAACCAACGCCGACAUGCCUUCACGAGUGAUCAACAUAGCUUCCAUGGCCGGGAUUUCGACGGUAGAUGUUACCGCGAGUGGAGACGGGGGACUGUCUGCGCCAGGGCAUGGCACUUUCAGCUAUGGCCCUUCCAAGGCUGCUUGCAUUCACCUCAGUAAGAUUCAGGCUUCGAAAUUGGCACCCAUGAAUAUUAUGGUUAACUGUGUCUGCCCCGGUGUCUUCCCAUCUCGAAUGACCAACUUCGGCUUGGCAAAGUAUUUGGACACUCUGCUGGAACGACAACCGACAGGUCGACUGGGUAAACCAUCUGAUUUCGCAGGGUUGAUUCUCUUCCUGAGCAGCAAGGGAGCUGCGCAUAUGACCGGCAACGUACUUGAGAUUGACGGUGGGAGCACGCUCACCGGCUGGAGAGCGAGCAAGAAAGGCAGCAAAAUAUGA